GCUCGCGCCAGGCGAGUCUCCGCGUCUCCCUCGCGAACUCGGUGAAAGGAAUUGGCGCCGUUCGACACCAGGCGGGUCUGCUCUGCAGCACGAACCCACUUCCAGCCGCAGCCGCAGCCGCCGCCUGGGCCGGGAGCAGCCGCAGCAGCCGCCGCCGCCAGUGGCCGAGUGAGCGGAGCCGAAUUCGACCAGCGCCUAGCGGUGAAUCGGGGCCUCACCAUGAGUUCCUCGCCUGUUAAUGUAAAAAAGCUGAAGGUGUCGGAGCUGAAAGAGGAGCUCAAGAAGCGGCGCCUUUCUGACAAGGGCCUCAAGGCCGAGCUCAUGGAGCGGCUCCAGGCCGCGCUGGAUGACGAGGAGGCCGGGGGCCGCCCCGCCAUGGAGCCCGGGAACGGCAGCCUGGACCUGGGCGGGGACUCCGCCGGGCGCUCGGGAGCAGGCCUGGAGCAGGAGGCCGCGGCCGGUGGCGACGAGGAGGAAGAGGAGGAGGAAGAGGAGGAGGAGGGGAUCGCUGCGCUGGAUGGCGACCAGAUGGAGCUAGGGGAGAAUGGGGCCGCGGGGGCGGCCGACUCGGGCCCGAUGGAGGAGGAAGAGGCCGCUUCGGAGGACGAGAACGGCGACGAUCAGGGCUUCCAGGAAGGGGAGGAUGAGCUCGGAGAAGAGGAGGAAGGCGCGGGCGACGAGAACGGGCACGGAGAGGAGCAGCCUCAACCGCCGGCGACGCCGCAGCAACAGCCCCAGCAGCAGCGCGGGGCCGUCAAGGAGGCCGCGGGAAAGAGCAGCGGCCCCACCUCGCUUUUCGCGGUGACGGUGGCGCCGCCCGGGGCGAGGCAGGGCCAGCAGCAGGCGGGAGGUAAGAAGAAAGCGGAAGGAGGCGGAGGCGGCGGUCGCCCCGGGGCUCCGGCGGCGGGAGACGGCAAAACAGAGCAGAAAGGCGGAGAUAAAAAGCGAGGUGUUAAAAGACCUCGAGAAGAUCACGGCCGCGGAUAUUUUGAGUACAUUGAAGAGAACAAGUAUAGCAGAGCCAAAUCUCCUCAGCCACCUGUUGAAGAAGAAGAUGAACACUUUGAUGACACAGUGGUUUGUCUUGAUACUUAUAAUUGUGAUCUACAUUUUAAAAUAUCAAGAGAUCGCCUCAGUGCUUCUUCCCUUACUAUGGAGAGUUUUGCUUUUCUUUGGGCCGGAGGAAGGGCAUCUUACGGUGUGUCAAAAGGCAAAGUCUGUUUUGAGAUGAAGGUUACAGAGAAGAUCCCAGUAAGACAUUUAUAUACAAAAGAUAUUGAUAUACAUGAAGUUCGGAUUGGCUGGUCACUAACCACAAGUGGAAUGUUGCUUGGUGAAGAAGAAUUUUCUUAUGGGUAUUCUCUAAAAGGAAUAAAAACAUGCAACUGUGAGACUGAAGAUUAUGGAGAGAAGUUUGAUGAAAAUGAUGUGAUUACAUGUUUUGCUAACUUUGAAAGUGAUGAAGUAGAACUCUCCUAUGCAAAGAACGGACAAGAUCUUGGUGUCGCCUUCAAAAUCAGCAAGGAGGUUCUUGCUGGGCGGCCACUCUUCCCACAUGUUCUCUGCCACAACUGCGCAGUUGAGUUUAAUUUUGGUCAGAAGGAAAAGCCAUAUUUUCCAAUACCUGAAGACUAUGCUUUUAUCCAGAAUGUCCCCUUAGAGGAUCGAGUUAGAGGACCGAAGGGGCCUGAAGAGAAGAAAGAUUGUGAAGUUGUUAUGAUGAUUGGUUUGCCAGGAGCUGGAAAAACUACCUGGGUUACUAAACAUGCAGCGGAAAAUCCUGGUAAAUACAACAUUCUUGGAACAAACACCAUAAUGGAUAAAAUGAUGGUGGCAGGUUUUAAGAAGCAAAUGGCAGAUACUGGAAAACUGAACACGCUUUUGCAGAGAGCUCCACAGUGUCUUGGAAAGUUUAUUGAGAUUGCUGCCCGUAAGAAGCGAAAUUUCAUUCUGGAUCAGACAAAUGUGUCUGCUGCUGCCCAGAGGAGAAAAAUGUGCCUGUUUGCAGGCUUCCAACGAAAAGCUGUUGUAGUUUGCCCAAAAGAUGAAGACUAUAAGCAAAGAACACAGAAGAAAGCAGAAGUAGAGGGAAAAGAUCUACCAGAGCAUGCAGUCCUCAAAAUGAAAGGAAACUUUACACUGCCAGAGGUAGCUGAGUGCUUUGAUGAAAUAACCUAUGUUGAACUUCAGAAGGAGGAAGCCCAAAAACUUUUGGAGCAGUAUAAGGAAGAAAGCAAAAAGGCUCUUCCACCAGAAAAGAAACAGAACACUGGCUCAAAGAAGAGCAAUAAAAAUAAGAGUGGCAAGAAUCAGUUUAACAGAGGCGGUGGCCAUAGAGGUCGUGGUGGAUUCAAUAUGCGUGGUGGAAAUUUCAGAGGAGGAGCUCCUGGAAAUCGUGGUGGAUAUAACAGGAGGGGCAAUAUGCCACAGAGAGGUGGUGGCGGUGGUGGAAGUGGUGGAAUUGGCUAUCCAUACCCGCGUGGCCCUGUUUUUCCCAGCCGAGGUGGUUAUUCAAACAGAGGGAACUACAACAGAGGUGGAAUGCCCAACAGAGGCAACUAUAACCAGAACUUCAGAGGACGAGGAAACAAUCGUGGCUACAAAAAUCAAUCUCAGGGCUACAACCAGUGGCAGCAGGGUCAAUUCUGGGGUCAGAAGCCAUGGAGUCAGCAUUAUCACCAAGGAUAUUAUUGAAUACCCAAAUAAAACGAACUGAUACAUAUUUCUCCAAAACCUUCACAAGAAGUCGACUGUUUUCUUUAGUAGGCUAACUUUUUAAACAUUCCACAAGAGGAAGUGCCUGCGGGUUCCUUUUUUAGAAGCUUUGUGGGUUGAUUUUUCUUUUCUUUUCUUUUUUGUACAUUUUUAAUUGCAGUUUUAAAGUGAAUCGUUAAGAGAACCUCAGCAUUGUGCACGAUAAGAGAAUGUGUCAGUAUUUCAGGGUUCUACAUUUUAUCUGUAAAAUGUGACUUUUUUUUUAUCACAACAAAAGUAAAAUGUUGCUUUGUACCUGGUGUCUUUUAUUAAGAAUUUACUCCCCCCAUUUCUCAGAGAUAACAGUCGGGAGUCAUUGUCACAAUAUAAUAGAAAUGUUAGCAACCAGAUUCAUGUAAGGACUAAGUGGUCCUCAUGAAUUGCAUAUGACUCUGUACUGCUCAUAUUACACUCCAUCCUCUCUGUAGUUUGCUGAGUAGUGGAGGGGGUAAGCUUAAACAAUAGUUUUGGACAAUAACUGGGAAGGCUUUUUAUUUUUAAAUAACAAUGGAAUUGGCAUAAUUGGGAAUGAAGAUAAAACUUGGAACCAAGAUAGAGAAGAUGGAGUGUAUGUAGAAGGGCUGUUAAAAAUGUAAACCUUGGUUGCAUUAUUUGUGGAGGCUCAAACUUGUGAAGGUUAACCCAUAAUUUUUCCAUUUGUUCUGCAUUUUGAUUCUGAAAAGAAAGCUGGCUUUGCCCAUUUCUUAUUAAAAAAACUUGUUGUAAAUCCAGUUGUCUAAUGGGAUCUAUAUGAAGUUAGCUAUGUCUGUAUGCCCUUCUCCCACAAAAUACUGUAUAACUAGUGUGCUUGUAGUAGUUUACUCCACCAUCUUUGUAAGCUAAUGAAAAUUGUGACACCCAUUUAUAUCUUAAUUUUUAAUCAUGUCAGUUCUUGAAUGGGUAUCUCCUUAGCCUGCUGAUUUCUUUUUCUUUCUAAAGAAAGUGGGUGGAGAAAUUAAUUUAGACGUUUGUUUGCAAUAAAAAGAAUUCAUUUUAGUCUCGUUUUGGGAUUCUCGCCAUCAAGGUUCAAAAUCCCUUUAUAAACUCCUAAGAGGAGAAAAUUUUAAGUGUGUGCUUUCUGGACAGCUUAUUCUUUACUCUGUGCUUGGAACAUUUAGGUUUUAAAAACUUAAAUGUAUACUGACAAGUCAUUUUAAUUAUGAAGAAAAGUUGAAUUCUUCCCUUCCCCUCCACCCUGCAGAUGACUUAAACAUUUAAUGAGGGGAAAAGGUACUGGCUGGGAGAAGUUAACACUCACUUUAUCAGCUUUACAAAAUGCUAAUGGCUGUCCUCAACUGACUUCUAUUUUAUAUACAUAUAUAUCUAUAUAUAAAUACAUGAAACUUUAGGAACAGAUGCUUUUAGAAGCCAUCAUGCAAGCCAGUCAUUGAUUUCACUAUUACACAACACUGCUAACUUAACUGUAGUUAUGUGAUAACAUUAGAUCCCCUAAUUGUAAUUUUAUUGGGUUUGCACAGAACACGUAAUCUUCUAAAGGACCCUCACUAAUAUAAAGUGAGGAAUCAGGAGUCAAACUGUAGAACUAAAACUUGAGUCUAGUGUUUUGUUCGUGUUUUAGAUUGCUUCUGGUAAGUGUAGGUUUGUCUAUAUUUUUGAUUGUUUAGGCUUUUGUUCUAGCAAUUUUUAAGUCAGACUUUUAACUUUCUUCAUACUCCUAGGAAUUUUCUCGGUACAAGCUGAGCUGGAGUUGAGUUUUAGGUGAUGGCAUAGAUUCAGUUGAUAAAUUUUUGGAGUGAGGAAAAGCUAAUCCUAUUAUCCUAAGAAUACUUGACAACACAAGGUAGUGUCUCGGGCUUUCAUCAUUUUAGCCACUUACUGCUUAGCAACCACUGGCACAAGCACCUUCAGUAUACAUGGAUAUACUUCUUGGGUUCAAAUUGCUAAUAUUAGUUCAUACUCUAAUAUGUAGGGGGAGAGUAAUGGCCAUUUGGUGUGGACUAUCCUGCCUGUGUAGUCCAGAAAGUUUUCGGAUGAGAGAUGGGAUAGAUAAAAAUGCUGUCCAGGAAAAUUAAAAUUUUAAGGAAUAUAAUCUCAGGAUUGGAACUAAUGUCUACAUUUUGUAUGAAAAAAAAUCUUCGUAUUUAAGAAAUCGAGAAAAGUGCACCAAAUGGCCGGCAAAAGGGUGAAGAUGAGAAAUGCCAAGUUUGGCAGAAUAAAACCUGUAAGAACCUUGGUUUAUCUGCCCUUCCCUUUGCCUACCUUAUGGCAAGCAUAUCACCAAAUAAACAGUUUGGAACAAAUGUCCCAAGUAUACCCAAAGAAAACUAGCCUGUGAGAUUGUUACUGGCCUAAUGGGAUUUCACUAUGAAGUGGUUAUAGUUUCUUAUACCUGUUCUGAGUGAAGAAUUGGAUCCAAUUGAUCACCUGCAGUAUGAAAAUGACUUAAAGAGGCCAAUCAGGAAAACAAAUGCUGUAAGAUAGAAAAGAAGUGACUCAAACUCAAUGAAGUUUUCUUUGCUGCUGGUCAGUUGCAUCUUGUUGUACAUAUGUCCACUAUUAGAUGGAGGGCUUUGACCUAGAAAGCUGUGAUCAGCUUAUUUCUUUCCCUGGUACCCAGACAGCAGAAAACAAUGAACUGUGAGCUAAAUUUUGACAUUGAAAUAACAAAGGGAAGCCAUGUUAAAUCGACAAAGCAAUAAGCUCAUUUGCCUAGGGUGGAUCUGUCUGCAAAUAAGUAAAUGUGUUCUGAGAACUAGCAACAAGGUAUUCAAGCUUCUUAAAAGACAUUAUCUUUGGAACAAAGUACUUAAAAUAUCCAGAAAGGGUAAUAGUACUGGUUUUUUUUUUCCAUCUCUAGGGGAGUUGACAUUCAUGGACAGAUGUUCUGUAUUUAAUAUUUGCCUCAUUUGUAGGAAUUGAAAUACAUGUUUUUCUGUAAGCAGUAAGUUGGCUUUUUACCCUAGGAUCAUUUUUACAGUAUAUCCCACUGCACAAAUAAAACUGGUGAAGUAUUUUAAUGACAUCUGAUGAGUAAUUGUAGAUGUGUAGGAAUUAACCUGAUUUUAAAAAGUCACAACCAGAGUAAGUUUAUUUUAUCAAGGCAUAAGCUUGUAUGUUUUAUAGCCCAAGUCUUAGUUUCUGGUAUUAGAUAAAAUGCACAUCUUCAACAGUCACUAUAAUUCUUUUCCUAUAUAUACUAUAAAAUGUCUUCAUAAAAAAAAUGGAUGGAACUUGUAGCAGAGAAUAAUUCUCUGCUCCCUAGCCCUCCAGGACAUUCACUGAAAUGUUCUGGAAAGAUGAACAUCAUACCCUUUUGAAAGCCAUUUUUCCUAAAAUGCUUGAAAUGGUUUGAGUCUAAACUUUUCCACUGUUAAUAUUUUUGGGCUCUGAGAAAAACUGGGUUUAAGUUUUAAUGUUUCAGUGUUAAUAAAAAAAGCAAGGAUACACAUGCGGCAAUAGGCUGUGCUAUCGAUGCGCUAGAACUCAUGCAUAACUUUUGAAGGACUAUUAGUGCUUUGAAUAGGUAGUAAAACUUUCAACUUCCUCAGCUUACCAAAUAGCAAUUUGAAUUUAUUAGCGUGUAAAUAAACCAGUCUCCAAAUCAUUAAUUUCCUGAACUUAAAAAUAGUUGAACUAUGAUGUCUUUCUUGUAAGGAGAGCCUUUUCCUUAGAUAACUUUUAGGUUUGAAUUUUCCUUUUGGCCCUAUCAUUCUUGAACUUCGACACAAAAAUACAUGGUGGAAGAUCUAGCCAGUUCAGUGAUUGAGGUUUUAUUGAGGCUGCUCUAAUUCUAGGUGUUUUUUUCUCUCUAAUACUAGUACUACAGGAACAUGUUUAUGAGAUAAAUACUUACUUUGGCCAGCUAACGUUGAAGUGACCUUUGUCUUUCUAACCCGUUUUACUAACCUUAUUUAAACCCUUGAGGAUUUUGAAAGUGAGCUGCAGUAUGGACUGAUGUAUGGCAGAAAAUAAAACAGGAUGCUCAAGUAUCCUAACAUUCUAAAGUUUGUUAUGUAUAUUUGUGAAGUUAGUUGAAAUAACCUACCUUAAUACCAGUUUUUAUUUUGUUUUGCUGAGUCUGCUAUUUUGAUGGUCACACAUAAGUGUUCCAACUGCAGGCAGCUGGAGCUCGGAGAGCUUUAGAUGGGAAAUGGCGAGAAUAUACUUUACUAAAUACACUAGCCAAUAUACUUAGUUUGCUCAAAGAUCUUAGUAUAUAUGCAGUAGUAGAUUGGAAAUAAGUGGGAAUAAUAGAUUCAUAAUGGUAACCUAGAAUUAGUCAAAACAAAUCAAAACCCUAUAUAUCUUAUGCAUUUAGGUUGGCAAUGUACUGUUCAUGUUGGAAGCUGAAUUAAGUACAAUUUUUUUGGCAUUAUGUAGACAAUCUAAUUUUAGUUGUGAUUGGAGACACAAUAGAGUAAGUGCAGUUAGCUGGUAGGCCAGGACAUUGGUGAUCACUGCUCAGUUAGUACUGAGACAGGAGUUCAACCGUGUUAUAACACAAUUAAUCAUUGCCCAGGAAUAUAAUUUUUUCUCCUUUUCAUGCCAGGAUUCAACAUAUACAUAAUUGUAUCUUGACAAGGAAUGGGUUUUGCUUUUAAACAAAGCUCGAACUGUGGGUAUGAGAAAAUGAUACCAAAGUCAAAAGUGAUGAGGUAAUAACAGUCUAAGUAAAUAGAGAACUACAGAAAGGUUCACCUCCUCCAUGUUGCACUGUUACAUUUGCAGUGCUGUACCAGUGGCAUUACAGUUAACUCGAGCAUGUUCAGCUUGAGUCUAUGCUGCUACAGGCUGGAGACAGCUACUGUAGACCCUGAUGGUAAACACUGAACUGUUGUUGGUGGCAUGACCCUUUCCUGACAUUGUUUUAACCGCCUGUGGUCUUAUGGAAGUAAAAAUCAGUUUUGUCCAGUAAGUAUUCUAUACUUGCCAAGCACUUGAGAAGAAGCACUGCCAUAAAUUAGUAUCAGCCAAAAAACUUUUAAAAAUAAAGAGGAAAAAAGAACAGUAAUCUAACUUGAGUGACACAAAAGCUUUAUAUAUUAAGGCAUUCAGAGAAGUGAGGUAAAAUCAGUACUAAAGAAAAACAAUUGGGGCUUACUUGAAUGGCAACCUAACAGCAUACUUUUUUAAAGGUAGCUAUUAUAAGGUCUUAUACCUCUGUUGUCUUCUUAAGGAAAAUAGGAGUCAUGGUCAAGUACAAUAAAGGUUCCAACUUUUUUUUUAAGUAAAGCGAAAAAUAUGUGCUGAUUUAAAUUUCAUCUCCUUUUCCUUAGUCUGUCCAUGUGAAUGUGCUGUGUGGAAGAGUAAAAGGGCCCAACUAAAUGUGUUCCAGUGAUUCCAAUAGCUGUUUAGCUGGUACCUACUGCUCUAUCACCUAGUGUGAAAUUUCGGAAUUAAUGGAACAAGGAAGCAGUACAACUGGAGGCUCGAAGUGGGCAUGGAAGGUCUCCAAUGUACGCUGUUGUGAAAAUGAAUUAACCUUGUCUUUGAUGAUGAAGGCCUUGGAAGUUUUACCAGUCAAGAAUGGUCUUUUUCUUACUUGGGGUAAGAUGAAACCAUGGUACGCUAGAGCUAGAAGGGACUUGAGUUACAUAAUCCAGUUGCCCAGUUUUAUGUACUUAAUGUGUUCAUAAGCUGAAGCCAAAGAUAUAUGUGGCCUACACAGAGAGCUUGUUAAGUAUCAGAUUUGAUUAGUAUCAUUUUUUUCCUUAGUUCUGCAGUGCUGCCUCUUAAAAUGUAAGUGGGCUAUCACACUGUGGAAAUUUUAAUGUAAUUAUUUGGUCAUGAUCAGUUUGAACAACCAGACUGCACUCAACUGAUUGUGUCAGUUUGAGUGGGCACAUGUCAAAAACUCCAUUUUCCUUUCUAAUCUUUUCCUUGUCAAAGUCUCCCUUUGGUGGUUGCCAGAUGAUUAGUUAGGAUCAAUAGAAAACUCUUAGGACAUGUGCUGGCAAUGUCAUUCACCAGUAUUACUGCAUUUGAUAAACCACCCAGCCUGUGUGCCCUGACCCUUGGAAUGACAGCCACAAGGAAGUGGGGAUGGGAGGGAAGAUGCUCUCUCUUGUGAAUUGAACUCUGAAGCAAGCUCCACGUAGCCUUUGAAGAGGGAUACAGAACAGAAUUCAGUCUCAUGACAUUUGUUCCUUGCUCAGUUUCUUUAGCUCAUCAUGAUUAUCAAGUUAUAGGACAAUAAUGAUGCCAGAAUCCUGUCCACUGGUGUUUCUUUUCUCAUUAAGUAUCACUUCUUAACCAGGAAGAUCUCUAGGUCAUGUUGUUAUAUUUAAAAGAUUGCAGUGAAAAGUAAUACCGAUAUUUUUCUAAACAAAAAAUAAUUUGCUUUGGAGAGGAGAAUUUUUUCUUGAAUGAGUGAAUAAAUGUUGUGGACUAAGCUGGAUGUUGGGUGUUUCUGAAAAAUUUUUUAUUGUGGCAGCCCAUUGGAUUACAUCUCACUGUAAUAAUGUACAUGUGAUCUUGGAGUUCUCUUUCAUUUGUGCCAAACAAGUCCUGAAAAUAUUUUAAUGUAUACACACACACACACACACACGAUGUGCAUAUUUAAAUUUUACCUAGAAAAUUAAAUCCCUGCAUACUUGCAAAAAAUAUUUAGAGCAGUUAAAAACCUUUACUUUUUGGGAGAUGACCCAUCUUCUAUAAGAAAUGGUGGAAGCACAGUCCAUUUUCUCCAAGUUAAAAAUAACUUGCAAAGUAAUAAAACCCAUUAGUGUUAGUCUUACAGAAGUAGCACUGGCUUCAGAAAUCAGGAAGUGUUCCCUCAUUUUUAACAGGGUAAAUAAACACUUGUGAUUUUAGUUAAGGCAAGUUUUAAAUUCUACCUAGGGAGAUUUUAUUUCUUGAAAUGCUGUCAUUCAGGCUCAGUACUUAUUUAAGAAACUUACCUAAGCCUUGGUUUGCUUUUGACAAGUCUGCUGUCCUCUGGCAGUGGAUGUAGGGCGGUAAUGCGUCUGAGUACUCAUUCAGGUGUCAGAAAAGGACAAUAGGACUUACACACACUUUAUUUGCUGGACUGAAAGCCUUAUUAUGGCACAUACAGUGUUUUACAGAGCUGAGCUCAGCUCAUCCACACGGCUUCAGAGGGUUGUACUUGGUGUGCUCAGGACUCUACUUGCUGCUGUUGGUGUUGGUUUGUUUUCUUUCAGGAUCAAGGUGGGUACUUUCAUAUAAAAUCUUAUUUUUAAUUCCUUCUCUGGCAAUUCUUUCCUGGAUCCUUAGCUUUGCAUAAUUAUACCUACAAUGGAACCUUGUAAGAAAAGAGCAUUAAUAAAUUAGUUAAUAACCAAAUUCCUAUAGAAACAAUUUUGAAAUUUAUAACAGUUUAAAAAUGCUUAUAGACAACUGCCCAGAGACUGAAAAUAGAAUCAAUCUAAUUUGGAUGGAGGCCUGUUUUUUGGGUGGCUUGGUAUCAAGACAGAUGAACACCUUCCUUAUUAAGGUAUGUUUUUACCUAAAAUGAGGGGUUUCUGUCACAGCCUACUUUGUUUGUUUGGAGGACCUCCUAUAAUGGAACCAUAUAGUGUGUAGUUCAGGUCUGGCCUUUUCGGCUCAAGAGAAGUGUGAGAUCAGUCUGUGUUGCAUCAGUAGCUGCGAAUGCAUUCUUAAAGGAGCAUUUUCAGAUGGGACGCUAUAAGCAAGGAUGAAAUGAGCACUGGGGUAACAAAGGUUGAGGCGUUUCUAAAUUAAAUUGUAAUCUGGUAUAUAAAUGGAUUGUCAACUGUUACUCAUUCACCUAUUCUGUAAACAAAUGGUAUAAAAUGUGCACAUACACAUUUAAAAAACUUAAGAUUCUUGGAUCUUUACUAGUAUACAUACCAGCACCCGAAAGUCACCAAGAUAAAGCCUCCUACUCCAACAUCACAUGAUCUCCUAAUUCUACCUGUAAAAGCAGCAUAACCACCACAGUCAAUGACAUUUUAUGUAUUAACAUAGCACACCCCAUUCAGAAAAAAGACGGUCGGCCAGAGAAAUGUAUAUUUUUUUUAAGUAGAGAAAAGCAGACACUCACUUGUUAACAGAAAAUGUCCAAGGCCAGCCACAACAGAUCCUAAUGAGCCGUAUAAUACUGAAUCACGUGCACAAGGAAUAUUUUCGACGUCUAAAAUUCCUAGGAGCUUAAAGGGCUAGGGUAAAUAAAAAAAGAACCUAGAUUGAACAAGAAAAUAUUUUAUUCCAGCGUAGCUUGGCAAAGACUGCACUAGAAUAUGUGGGGUUUGACAACAGUGAAUCUGUUUACAUUGUCUUGUGUGUACAAUCUGAAUCUAGAUGUAAACCUUGAGGACUUGAGCAGAAAACCCCUAAGCACAAGGAUAACACAUCUAAAAUAAUGGUGCUAUAUCAUAAUUUGCUCAUCUACUGGUUGGAAGUAAGAACACAUUUUAGGAGCUCUUUAAGCAUCUGUAUGAAAUUAUUGGGGAAUUUUGCUUCCAAUAAUUUGGGAUGCAUAAAUGGGAAAAAUAAAAUUAUUCUAACCAUGUUUGUUACAUACUAUUAGUAUAGUGCUCUGUUUCACAUUUUAUUGGUGUUGACUUGGUGAACAUUAUUUGUAUUUGUAAAGACAAAUAUUUCAUGUAGUGUUUCCUUGCUUGUUACAUGAAAUGCUCUUAAAUGUAUUUGAUAAGAGUAACCACCUGAGUAUGAUGAAAAGACUGGACAUCCAGAGUUGGGUUUUGUCUCAGCUCUCACUUCUAUAACCUGUAGGACAUACUAAUUUUCUAAUCUGUGGCCCUCAACUUAAAAUUGUUACCUAGCCCAAUCCCUUUUAUUACAAGUUCCUUAAAGUGAUAAAAUGAAAAUUUUCAACAGUCCUAAUGGGAUUUAUGGAUUUGUUCUUGAUUAAAAAAAAAAUACAGCCACCUUAAGCUUAAUAUGUGUAACUUCAAUGUCUAUCACCCAUUAACUCUAUUAGGGUUUUAGAGAGGGCAGGACAGACCUUUAAAAGUAAUGUCUACAUUUCACUGUGGCAUUCCCAUUAAUAAAGACUGAAAAAAUGUGAUGUGAUACUGCUAUUUAAAAGGAAGCCUUUUCCAUUAAAGGUUUCAGAGUUAUGGUAGCAGAGUGAGGCAGGACAAGUUUAAGAGAGGGGGUUCUAUAGGAUGAGGUGAUAACUGGAAGGAGUAAAGGGGGAGAAACGGGAAAGGACAGUAAAAGUCAGAAUUAAAGGCUGAUACAUGAAUAUAUUGAUUGUAUUUCUUUCUUGUGUUGGCUUCUUUGGCUCAAGCUUCUGCCAGAAAAGACAAAAUGUGACUUGAUUCAUAAUAAAAAUAUAUGUACUCCUGUG